AUGGCUUCAGUAGAAGACAAGGAGUUUAUUGUGAGUGAAAUGGAGAGAAAUAGCGACCGAUUGUCAUACGAGAGCCAAAGCGGCAAAUCUGAGAUCUGGAACCGAUUCCUCCGAGUCUUAUACGACCAGAAGAGCACGGCUUUUGUGAAAUGCAUUUACUGUGAAUCCAUCCAAAAGCAGACCAAACAGUCGGGCACUUCAGGUCUCCUCAGACAUCGCUGUCAACACAUCCGACAACAACACGAAGACAUGACUCAACCAAUUGAACCAUUAGAAGACACUCGCGAAGAGCCGGUUGAUGAGCACAGCGACCACUGGUUGUCUCAAUUGAAUGACAAAAACUUUUUGAUGGAUUGCAUUGCAAGCGGUGACCAAAGACUGUCAUAUCGUAGACAUGAGGGCGAGAGUGAAGUAUUGGACAGAUUCUCGAGGAUUUACAUGAAUUACUUGGAAACAGAUUUUGUGAAGUGUUGUCAUUGUCUCCACAUUUAUGAACACUUCGAUCACUUCGGUCUUCUGAGCCAUAGCUGUGACCAUGAGUUGGUCCACACCGAAGACACUCCGCAAGAUUAUGAAGAAGAGUUUGCCAUUGGAUUGGAUUCGAAAAUAUUGGUUGAGAAGCAGACAAUCGUUGAUAUGAUUGGUAGAGCCGACAGAAGAGUGGCUUUUGUGGCCGAAAAGGGUAAGAGUGAGGUCUGGAACCGGUUUGAACGGAUUCUUGUGGACAAACUGGAGACCCUUUACGUGAAGUGCAAACACUGCCAUUCUGUGCAAAAGCACACCCACUCCGGAGGCACCAAAGGAUUGCUUCACCACAGAUGCAGGACAUCCUCACAACACUACGGAUCCGGUGGCAGACCCUCUGGUGACAGACCCGUCAAUAGAGUCAAGAAUAAGGUUAUGGAUGACAAGUAUCUGAUAAGACAAUUGAAUGAAGAGAACACUUCCCUCAAACUCAUUGUCCAAAAGUGUCUGCAAAUGAUUGACAACUGUUUGUGUGUUAAUAAAUUCAGUUGUGAUCAGCGAAAGGAAGUGAAUUCACUUCAAGGACUCGGUUGUGAAAAGAAGUUUAGGUUCAGUGAGAACCUGAAGGAACACAAAGAUAGCGUUCAUUUAGAGCUGAAAAUCUUUGUGUGCGAUUGGCCCGGAUGUGAGGAACAAUUCUCUAAGAAGUGUCAACUCAAAGUACAUACAAUUAAAUACCAUACCAAUGAUAAGCCACACAAAUGUGAUCAGUGCACAUAUGAGACCACAUAUAGAGCCCUAUUAUUACGUCAUAAGCGUAUUCAUGGUCCCGAGAAGGCACUUAAGUGUGACUGGCCUGGCUGUGAUUUUAGGACUAAUUAUGAACAAGGAUUGAAAUCACAUAAAUUGAGACAUUCCGGACAAAAGCCGUUUACGUGCAAUUGGCCCUCUUGUGACUUGAGUUUCAGACAAAGACAUCAUCUCAAAGCUCAUACACUUAAACAUACCGGUGAGCGACCAUUCAGUUGUCAGCAAAUGGGAUGCGAUCGCAGGUCCAUAUUUGUAUUGCUUUUACCCGAAAGACACCUCCAGUUCUAUCGACUUAUUGGCGAUUUUGGUUAUGUCUUCGGCACUCGGGCCCACUUCGCUCUGACAGUUAUUUUCUCGAUACUGUUGAUAUUUCAUAUGAUAAGCGGUACCAUAACUCCUAAAACAAUGGGACUGACGAGUCAUAAGAUAGUCACAGAAUUGCUGAGAAGAACUCGAUUCCUGUUUCAAAUCGGAGAUUACGUUCCCUUGUCGUUGAGUUCGACCAUAUUCUUCAUCAACUUGUUCUCCUUCUAUAACAACUCAACCAUUCAUGAGAUCAUCGCAUACGUGAUCCCCAACUGCAUCGUCUAUCUGGAGGUCAACAAAUCAUACAAAUACCUCAAUAGUCUUAUGGCUCAAUGGAGUGCAGAGGAUGUCUGCAAAAGAUUUAAGUUAUUGGGUCUCAUCGAGAGAAUUGCAUCUCAAAGGAUUGGCUUUCACUGCUGGAAACUAUUCAUAAUUAACUCAUUUCGCGGAUAUGAGGUAUACUUUGAAUUGAUUGAACUGAUGGACAACUCAACGCAACUGAUGAGUGACGACAACACGCCAGAUAUGGAUCCGAUUGACAACAAGAGUGUUAUCAUAGAUUUGGUGAACAAAAUGGAUAAGAGGUUGACAUUUGUCUCGCGCGAAGGUCUGAAGAGUGAGGUCUGGAGUCUAUACCAACGGGUCUAUUAUGAGGACAAAGAGACAAAUUUCGUUAAAUGUAUUAAUUGUAAUGAUAUUAAGAAGCAAACCAAGAGUCUGGGAACCGCUACUCUACUCAGACAUCACUGUCUUAAAGGCAUCCAAGACUUGAAUGAAUCGCAAUCGAUGGACAGCACUCACGAUGACAACGAUGACAACGAUGUGACCAAUAAUGGCGAGUCAUUUGACGACAAGUCGUUUCUCUGGUCUCUCCUCAGGAGUGGUGACUCGAGGCUGUCAUUUGAGCCACAAGUGGGCAAAAGCCAAGUGUGGAGUCGUUUUGAGCGCAUUUUGUACAACCAUUUGGAGACCUCUUAUGUGAAGUGCAAUCAAUGCGAUGACAUUCAGAAGCAGACGAGAUAUACGGGAACCGCUUCCCUCUUGAGACACAAAUGCAAAGCCAAUCGCUUAUCGGAGACCUACUCGAGGCUCAAACAUUCACAGAAAAACAAUUUUGAGUCCAUCUUGAGGUCGAGGAAGUGCUCGACUGUCGAGGACAAGAUCCGCGUCGAGAACCAGACGCUUAAGCAUCUGAUUAAGAAGUGUUUGGACACUAUUGACAAAUGUCUUUGCAUUGAUAAGAGUAUCAUUGCUGAGAAACAACACAUUAAUGUCUUAAUCAAUGGUUACAACGAAUGGCUGUUCGAUAACCAAGACUUGGAUGAAUUGGACACUAAAAAAGAGGACUACGAAGACAUGUUUGACCACUGCUUUGAUGCGGUAAUGGACUUACAAAGCGAUGGUGACGACGAAGAGUACAAUCCAUUAAAUGACUCAAAACCUAAACGAUUAUCGAUCUCAAGAGGAAUAAGACCACAGAAUAGUUCAAUACUUGCGAGCAAUUGGGUUAAGAAGAAGUACCGAAAACACAAGACAGUGACCGCCGGUGUGAUCACUGUCUGCGAUUGGCCCGAAUGUGGCAAACAAUUCAGGAAUAGCUAUAAUUUCCAACAGCACCGCAACAAACAUCUCGGUGUUAAUAAAUACCAGUGCGAUUGGCCCGGCUGUGAAGAGACGUGCGAUUGGCCGGGUUGUGAGUUCCGCACAUCUAAUAAAAACGGGUUAAGACAUCAUAAUUAUCGACAUACCGGAGAAAAGCCCUGGAAGUGCAAAUGGGUCGGUGGUGAUGGCAAUGCCUGCAACUGGGCUUUCCGUCAAUCAACUCACCUGAAGGCACAUAUGCUUAAGCACACAGGAGAGCGUCCCUACCGGUGCGAGUGGCCCAAUGGUCAGUGCGAGCGCAGCUUUGCUUCCCGUCAGGCCAUGAGAUUUCAUUCGCAAAAAUCCCAUAAUUUUAUUAUUCCUCAAAAAUGA